UGUGAACAUGCUCCUGGGUAGCCUAAACAGUCAGGAUUCUUUCAUUCAAUCAUACUGCAGGCCACCGUUGUCAAUCGCACCGAAGUUACUGUCAGCUGUCGCGUCGUGCGACUAGCUACCAUUCUUUGAUCGGUUUAUCGUCUGCCUUCCUUCCACACAUAUCGCAGCGCACGCAGGACGUUAGAUCCGCCAUUUUGUUCUGGACCACCUACGUCUUUCAAUUAAUUACCCACUACCAUAAUACUCAGUCAUCAUGUGCUACAAACUCGUGGAGCGAUUCGCAGCUUGCCGGUGUCUCUACUUCCAGCACGCGGUUGACCCGUGUGAAGCCUACGGUCAGCGCGGCCACUCGGUUCAGGAAAAAGUCGUCCUGGUCGGAUACGCCUGCGCUCAACACUCAAUCAAAUUCAACAGCGGCAUUGCAAGCGACCUAAGAACGCCUCAGGACUCAGGGUAUUCCAGUAGCAAGAGUUGAAUCCGGCAGGGUAUGAUGGACAUCCAUAGGAUGGCAACUUCCACUCUGGG